UCUUUGUGCCCUGUCUGUGCGAACGGCAGAGGGUUUCUUGCAUGCCGUGUUGCCAGUCCCCAAUGGCCACUUCGUCGACCGCGACUUGACUUUCUUCCUUUAACUCAUCCUUCUGUCUCUCUCACUCUGCUUCCUCCCUGCGGUGCGCAUCACCAGCAGCAACGUGUCUAAGCACCCAUCGGAAAUCGAGAAAACACUUAUACACUUGUACUACGGUCAAUGUCUUUGAUACCAGACAGCCUCUAUAUCUGGCUAAGAUAUCAAGGAGGGGCACACAAAUACCACUGGGGUUUCUACCUUCACCAGAGCAAGCAUGCCGGCACGAAGUACCACAUCAGAAAUCUCGGACAAGGCUGGAUCCUCGAAAUCGAGGGAACGCAUAACUUCAUGAAGGAGUUUCUCCUCAUUGGUUGUCUUCGGAUCGCCAUAGUGCCCAGCAUGAACCACAACAGGAUCCAGAAAAUUCUGCAGGAUAUCCCUUACAUCUCCGAGGACGGAACAAUGACAUGUCGUAUCUGGGUCCUCAACGGACUCAAGGCUUUGAUUGAUGGAGGACAUGUGAGGUGCGACGAUCUUCAGGCUCUGGAGCAGGAAGUCUUUGACUUCGGCCUUGUUUACUUCGAGGAGACGGAGCAGAAUAAACAGCCACGUCCAAUUGUCGACUCUAAAUCUUGCACUUUAUAAUAUCUUCGAGGUAUCUCAGCCAAGAUGGCUGCCUCAAAUUGACUGAACUGUGUUGUCAGUGUACCGUAGUAAUACGCAAAGACGGCACCUUACUUUAUCCAAGCUGUCCCUCUACUAUGACCACACGAGGACUCAGCUGUACGCCCAUGUUACGAGGACACCCAUACUCACCUGCAAAAUACCGUAGUCAUCAGAUCUUAGUACGAUGUCAAUAGCCGCCAAGUCCGUAAAAGAUGUACUUAAUCGCAGACCACAUUUGUUCCUUUUUGCCGUCAUUCACCAUUUCUGCAGAUCUUCAUCUUACGUGUCGUCGGAAUCUGCCUUACUGUAAAUUGGAUCUGCACGCCAGCCUCAUCUUUCCCCGGAGCAUCCUUCUGCAGGAUGACCUCCUUACCUGUGCACUGUAACACUC